UGCAUCUCUCUCCCCUCAUAAAACACCCGAACGCACAUCACCGGCCGCCUCUGGAACACAACAUGACACAGACGCGCAGCAGAUCCUUCAUAAAGAGUCAAAUUGAGAAAACUUCAAGUGUCAUGAACUACUGUGGAGCUAAAAUCUGAUGGCUGAGUUCCUGCAUAAUCCCAGUCCUGACCAAACACGAGUUUAUAGUUCACACACAAUUCAUCCUACAAACACACACUCAAUGUAAACCUGUCCUCAAACACACACAUAAACAAACACACAAGCUCCUCAGAAAUUUAGCUUUGAGACAAAACCUGUUUUCAUAUCUGGGACUGAUUCAGAUCACACCAUGUCUAAGGAAGACUGUAAGGUGGGCUGUAAACACAAGGAACGCAAGCCCAAAAAGCCGCACUACAUCCCGCGACCGUGGGGCAAACCCUACAACUACAAAUGCUUCCAGUGCCCGUUCACGUGCAUGGAGAAAUCCCACCUGUACAACCACAUGAAGUACAGCCUGUGCAAAAACUCCCUGUCGUUGCUCAUUGAGUCCGACUGGCCGUAUAAAAAAGACCAACUCCGGCUCCAGCAAGGAGGCGUUCGCUCCCGUAGCCCCGCUAAGGGUCACUCUGAGCAGGCCGCGACGUUGGACGAGCCCUCGCAUUCGGCGGCGAGUCUGGAGGUCGAGGAGGCUGAGAAGAGAGAAGCGGAAAGAGAAGCGGAGAAAGAUGACGACGUAAUGGAGACAAACGGCUCAGCGGUUACGAGUCCCGAACCUGCGGAAACCAGAGGAAGUAAACGUUCAAAGCAAGAAGCCGAACUCGUGAUGGCGGACGUGUUUUCACUCGAGGAGCAGCUUUUGCGAGCACGCUCAGUGGAGGUAGAGUCAAAACUGCGACACUAUAGGCUGUCUAAAACAUGUCUGUCUGGAUCAGCAGCGUUGCUUUCGGAGCAAUGGCGCAUCCUUAGCAAUCAGACUUCUGGUGCAAAGCCCAAAUCAGACCCUGUGGCCUCUUCAUUGCCCUGUUACCCUCCACCGGCGUCAACGGGUCAACUUGAAUGCCCCGACACAACGGGUUUCAAUCUGUCUUUGCUUGGUGUUGGAUACCCACUGGCUCCUGGACUCCUUUCAUACCUAAACCCGGCACUCACGACAGCAAGCACAGCGACCACAACCGCACCACUGCCCUUCUUAGCAUCAACCGCGCAGCUCACCCAUGCGCAAAGACACUCAGAGCGACCUCUACUUCCUCCUCACCUGUAUUAUCCCUUUCUGUGUGAGCACACCUUCGGUACAACGCCCUCCUCAACGUCCUCCGAGACAAGUAAACUCAUCAAACCGCCCACCGUAAGCCUGCCGCAGCCUUCGUACCCUCCCAAACUAAACCUGUGGAAGGUUCCGGCCCUGCGGCCCAGCCAGACCUCGCCCGCGGCCUGGGUGUCUCCCACAUGUUCCUCCCCGGAGCCGAGCCAUGCCGUAAAGGAGAGGAUGCGAUCGAUAGAAGGAAAGACAGGCUGGCAGCAGGACGCUUCCUUCAUCAGAGAGCAAAGUCUGAAGAGAACGGCAGCAUCCUUGGACUCCCAUGGUGCACCAGGGGAGAAGAAACAAGCACUUGAGUUUGCCCUUGACUCUCUGAAAAACACUCACAAGUCUGCGUCCAUCGCCUCCCUGAUGUCCAGCAGGCUGCCUAUACACAACAGCCCCCGCAGUGACGUCUCGUCCCCGCUGCAUAUGUCUGAACAGCUGGAGGCGAGACAGAGAGGAAUGGAGAGAGACGCGGACCCGGCAGCUGCUCUCCUGCAGGAUUUCUCCACAUUACUGCAGCAGUACCAGAACACGGAGCAGCGCGCCGCAUCGCUGCCUGAGCAGUGCCACCUGUGGGCUCACCUGGGAAAGAUCCGUUCGGAGCUGUCGCAUAUUCAACAGGCGCUGGAGCGCACGGCUCGCUCCAACGAAGGGCCGCUCGACCUAUCCGUCAAAAAAGACCCUGCAGGAAUCACAAACGCGCACGGAGAUGUCAGCGGAAGAGGCGUUUUAGGAGAAACAAAAGACACGGGAGAUGAAAACUGCUCAGAGACCGAGGAAGAAGAGGAGGAGGAGGAAGAUAAAGAUGACAGAGACAUGGUGGAACGAGGAAGCAGUGUUAAAGAAAGGCAGAAGUGCUCUCUGGACGCGCUGAUGAAACUGAAUCCGUCCCAGGUGCCCGUGGUGAAGACAGAGGUGCUGUCCGACGGCGGGCUGGCCAUACGGGCCGGGACCGCUGAAGCUCUGUGGCACAGCAGAACCACAAAGUGUGAAGCCGACUCAAGUGUCCUUCUCUGCUCCAAAACACCCAACAGACCUCCGUCCAUUCAACAUCUGGACACGCUGUGUCCAACAAGCCCGUUAACAACCACCGACACGAUGGUGUAGCGAACAUGACAUGAACUUAAAGUACAUAAUUUACAUAUGUUCACUACCAGACAAAUGUUUGGACACACGUGACUGACACUUCAUGUUUCUAAUAAUCUUAAACAAUUUGAUCUAAAGGCUUCUAUUGUGAAGCCUUAACAUUCAAAAGUUUGGGGUCAGUGAGAUUUUGUUGUUGUUGUUGUUGAAAGAAAUUAAUACUUUUAUUCAGCAAGGAUGCUUUCAAUUGAUCAAAAAUGACAAUAAAGACAUUUAUAAUGUUACAAAAGAUUUAUAUUUCAAAUAAAUGCUCUUUUGAAACUUACUAUUCAUUAAAGAAUCCUGAAAAAAAAUAACACAAUUUGCAUAAAAAUAUGCUGCAGCACAACUAUUUUCAAUACUGAUAAUAAUAUAAAAUGUUUCUUGAGCAACAAAUCAGCAUAUUAGAAUGAUUUCUGAAGGAUCAUGUGACACUGAAGACUGGAGUAAUGAUGCUGAAAAUUCAGAUUUGAUCACAGGAAUAAAUAGUUAGAAAAUAGUUAUUUUUAAUUUUAAUAAUAUUUCACAAUAUUACAGUUUUUACUGUAUUUUUGAUCAAAUAAAUGCAGCCUUGGUGAGCAGAAGACAUAAAAAUCUUACUUACUCCAAACUUUUGAACAAUAGUGUAUUAACAUGUUAUAUACAACCAUAUACAAAAUAAAUGGUAGAAAAGACUAUGAAAUAGUCUGAUAUGAAAUAUCAAGUAAAGCGAAGACAAAAAUCAAGCACCUUAUGCCAAAAUGAGCUGAUGGAGAAGGAUAAAAUACAUGCACUGACUUAAUGAUUAUUUAAAUUAAAAUCCAGUUACAGGGCGAAAUUAUUAAGGGUCAAGGAACUACAACUGUAUUUAUUUAAUGUAUAUGUUUGUAAUUUAUUAAUUACAUUUUCUGACAUAUUUGGCACAUAUUUAUUUUAUUUGGUCACACUUUAGUUUAGGGUCCAAUUCUCACUAUUAACUAAGACUUUUGCCUCAAUAAACUCCUAAUUAAUUACUGCUACAGUUAGUAAGGUAUUUGUUAAAUUUAGGUAUUGGGUAAGAUUAUGGGAUGUAGAAUAUGGUCAUGCAGAAUAAGGCAUUAAUAUGUGCUUUAUAAGUACUAAUAAACAGCCAAUAUCCUAGUAAUAUGCAUGCUAAUAAGCAGCUAUUAAUGAAAAUUGGACCCUAAACUAAAGUGUUACCAUUUAUUUAUUUAUUUAGCAUUUUAUUUCUCAGUUCUUCCAUGUUUAUGUGUUUUAAGACUUCUUCUCUUCUGUAAAUAAUCAACAUUUUAAAUAAGAUAAUCUAAAGAGAUGAUUGUUUCACAUAAUAAAACACUGCAAAUCUCACAUUAUUGAUUCAUCAGUGUUCA